GCGCAUCUGAAAAGGAAAUUCAUGCUGGUUUAUGACGUCAUUGUUGACCUGUCCAAUCCAGAACAGUGAAGAAAAUCACAGAGAAUGUCAAUUAAUAACCAGAUGAAGGGCAUUUCCGUCUUUAAAAAAAUUACGCCCGCCUCUUUAUUCUUUCCCACCAUCACAAUUGUCCUCUACAACGCGUUUCACCGUAACUUUGAAAAAGACCGUUUCCUCCUUUCUUUUGACUCUCUGUGCAUCGGAAACAAAUAAGUCAGAAGAAAAAAGAAGAAACUUUCAUUUUUAAUUAUUAAAUUCAUGGAGAAGAUCGAUGAGCUCAAAGCCAAAGCCAUGGCUUCAGAUUUAACGAAUGCAAACGCUAGCAAAGACAUCGAAGCUUCUAAAACUAAAGAAGAAGGCGAGCUCUCCGAUUCGUUCGAUGACGAAAAUCUGGGUUGCUCCACUGCUCAGUCUAGUGGUACUGUUACCCCACCUUCAGGAUCUAAUUCGGCACCUUCCACUGUCAAAUCCUUGCCACCGAAUCUGGCGGGGAACACUAUUUCUGGCAAUAAUCUUGCCAGCGCCGUUGAUAUCCUGUCACAACAACCAAUUCCACCAAAGAGUCAGAAAAAUAUCGAGAAGAAUCGGUUGGCAGUUAAAUCCACUAAUCGUAGUUGGUAUGCACCUUCUGGAGGCAACAAUAAUCUUGUGAUACGCUUCUCAGAUGAUGACAGUGGUAGUGACUCAGAAGAGUGCAGCCAACAAAAAACUGUUGAAAAUAAAUCCAACUCGACUAGGGAUGGUACUCAGAGACCCCUUACUUCAUUUGCUCCAAAGAUGAACAAGUUAGGCCAGACUUCCAGGAACAUUACCAGAGUAAUUCCCAAGAAACCUUUAAGCCGUACAUUUAUCUCAUCAAUGACCAAAAUCAAUGGUGGGACCAAUUCCAGGGUUGCUGGUCCUUCAACGGUUGAUCAAGGUUCACAAGUUAGAUAUUUUAAUCCCCGCAACAAAAAUUCGGCAAGCCAUGAUCUUGUGUCUGAGCAAGGUGUGGCUUCCAACAAUAGUAAACUCCAGGACUUGAGGCAGCAGAUUGCACUUCGGGAAAGUGAAUUGAAGCUUAAGGCCGCCCAGCAACAUAAGGAAACAGUUUUAGCAUCAACUAUGAACCUGGACAAUGGUGCAGGAAAGAAGUGGAUUGCAACUUUGGUGGAUGCUGGUUCAAUAGAUCCAAAAGAACCAGACAAGAAACGCUUGAAAGUCAGUGAAUCUAAUUUUGCCCAUUUAAAUUCAGGUGCUCAACAGGAGUUACAUCAUGUAAAAUCUAAUUUAGUGUCAAAAGACCAAAAAUUGGAGACAAACAGUCGGCCGAGCAAGGAUAAGGCUGAUAGCAAGAAAGUAGCUUCAAUGAGCAAAGCCAAGUCAAGCAUUAAGUGGCAAAAAAAAGAUGAUAAUCUGGUUGAUGUUUCAUUAGAAGAUACGUCUAAAGUGCUGAAAGAUGGUGUUGAUAUGCAUACGAAUUUGCAUCAAUCCAAAAGGACCAGUAGGCAGGUGGAUCCAAGUGUUUUGGCGAACCAGACUGCAUCAUUAACAAACAUAAGUGCCAGUGCUGUGCCAAAUAACUUGAGUAACGUGGAGUUAAAUCAUCCAACAGAGGUUGGUUUAAAUAAUCCACCAAGUUCUUCACUAAGCAAAGCAACAAGAGAACUGAAUUUAGCGAAAGGAAAUGAUUAUCUUGAAGUCACAUCUGGUGAUAAGACUCUUGGGCCCUAUUUUAGCAAAAAAUUUCAGACAUCUCAAAAUACAGCAAGUCUAUGGAACAAUUUGGCUAAUGUAAAUAUCUCAAGUCAUUGCAAUGUAGAUGUAGAUAUACGUUCUUUUGUUGAAAUUGAGGAAAAGCUGGACAAGGAGCUAGAGGAAGUGCAGCAGCACAGACGCUUGUGUGAAAUUGAAGAAAGAAAUGCUCUUAAAGCUUACAGAAAAGCUCAGAGAGCUUUGAUUGAAGCUAAUGCUAGAUGUACUGAUCUUUAUCGUCAAAGGGAACUUUGUUCAGCCCACUUCAGAUCUUUUAUUGUGAAUGAUUCCAAUACCUUGUGGUCCUCCAUGCAACAUGAACACACUGGAGUUGGAUUGGAUACUUCAAAUAAUGUACCUGAAAAUAUGGAUCUUGUACCCAUGUCAACUCAUAGAUUACAACCUGAAUAUGAUGGUUUUAAUCAACCAGGGUAUGAUCCAAAUAUCCAAUCUAUCAAUGUGGCUCCUCGCAAUAUGUCUCUCCAGCAUGACAAUGGACAAAAUUUGGGUUCUGAACCAUGCAGUGAGCCAGAUGCUAGUACAUCAGAGCCAUUUCCUCAUAAUAGCAACAACGCUGCAAAUGCAGUGAGAUCUCUGUGCAGUCCAAUUAUUUCAGUGGAUGAAGAUGAAGAGACAUCUCCUAUGGACCAUGAUUCUGUUCAACCUAGUGCUGGGUAUCAGCAAAAGGAGCAAAAGUCUGAAGUAAAUCAAAGGAAUGCAAAUAAUGAGUCUGACAAUCAGGAUUCUUUGCUUCUUGAAGCGACAUUGAGGUCUGAACUAUUUGCGCGGUUGGGAACGAGAACUUCAUCAAAGAACAUUGAUUCAUUUUGCCAUGGAGAGCCUUCUGUUGAACGAGGGGCAGAAAAUGAUGUUGAAAGUGAAAAGACCCAGAUGAGCAAUGGCAGUCUUACACUCUCGGAGGCAGAAAAAAAGCAUCAAUUUGAUGUUUCAGGCCCUGGAAAGCCCAAUGAAGUUAUAUCAGAAGUUCUGGUACCGAAUGAGAACCAGCACCAUGAAAAAGAUGAUGUUUCUUCCAUUUUGAGGAGUGCAAUUGGCCAUUUGAAGGUCAUGUCUCCUGUCACUAGACAAAAAGAGAACCAUUUCUACAGUGAAGAGGGUUCUUAUGUCAACUUUGAUGAAAUUGAGUGGUCUGGUCAGAUAGCAAACUCUUUAGAGGAGGCUGUUCGGGGUUUAUCUGGGAAAGAAAUGGGCUCAUAUAUGUGCACUAUUGCAGUUGACCCAUUUUGGCCGCUCUGCAUGUAUGAGCUUCGGGGAAAGUGCAACAAUGACGAAUGCCCCUUUCAACAUGUUAAAGACUUUUCUAAGAAAAAUGCAUAUCAGAAUGCACAUGAUGAUUCUGACAGUGCCGAUUGUCAGCUUGGUCUGACACCAUGUCAACAGCAAAGUAAUGGUCCAACAAAAGCUUCCAAAUGUUGUGAUGUUUUCAAUUCACCAACUUAUAUAGUCAGCUUAGAUAUUUUGAAAGCUGAUCCACAUCCACACGAAUUUGUUGUGACUUGGGGAAAUGCACAAUCCUGGUGGAAGUGUUUCAGUAUUUGCUUAGCUUUAUCUAGUUUUCUCCGGAAAGGUCUAUCUUCAGAUGAACCUUUCGUGGAUGGUGGUGAUGGCCGUAUUGAAGUGCAUGGCAGCUGGAAUAGGGAAUCCUCAUUUUUCCAGAGUAGAAAUGGAAUAGUGAAUAAACUCAACCAAGCUUUAGGUAUGAAUGCCCAGUCCUUGGAGAUGGCUUUGCUUAUCCUCAACCAGGAUGUUAACAAGUUGGAGGGUAUGAAGAAGUUUUUGCAGGCUCUUUCUUUGCUGUCACGAGCCCUUGAGGCUGAUCCGGCAUCAGAAACUCUCUGGAUAGUUUAUCUGCUUAUUUACUAUAGCCAUAUGACAUUUGAUGGGAAGGAUGACAUGUUCUCUUAUGCGGUCAGAAACAAUGAAGGAUCAUAUGAACUUUGGCUUAUGUACAUCAACAGUCGUAAACAACUUGAUGAUAGGUUGGUUGCAUAUGAUGCUGCUCUUUCAGCCCUUUGCCGUGGUGCAUCUUCCUCAGAAAAGGAUGCAAUGCAUGCUAGUGCAUGCAUCCUAGACCUGUUUUUGCAGAUGAUGGAUUGUUUGUGCAUAUCUGGGAAUGUUGAGAAAGCCAUCCUGAUGAUAUAUAGACUCUUACCUGCUACAACAAAUCCUGAUGGGCCUCAUUCUCAGAUGUUUAAUGAUAUCCUCACAUGCUUAACAAUUUCUGACAAAUGUGUAUUAUGGGUUUCUUGCAUUUACUUGGUUAUUUACAGGAAGCUGCCAGAUGCUGUGGUGCAGCGGUUAGAGCAUGAGAAAGAACUCCUUCCAGUUGAAUGGCCCUCUGUUCAUCUGGCCAAUGAUGAAAAGAAAAGGGUUGUGCAGUUGUUAGAAAUGGUAGUAAGUUGUGUUGACUCAUACAUCAAUAUUGAAUCAUUUAAGAGUGAAACUGAUCUCAGAUCAGCACAAGUUUUUGCUCUCAAUCACAUUAGGUGUUUUGUGGCACUUGAUAGCACUGAAUCCAGUCGAAAUUUGUUGAAAAAAUACAUAAAGGUGUACCCAUCUUGCUUAGAACUUGUUCUGAUAUCAGCAAGACUGCAAAAAUAUGAUUCUGAGAAUUUGGGUUUUAUUGGGUUUGAAGAAGUCCUUCAUAACUGGCCUACAGAAGCCCCUGGAAUUCACUGUAUCUGGAACCAGUAUGCUGAAUUUGCCCAACAGAAUGGAAACCCUGAUCUUGUGAAAAAACUCUUGACACGCUGGUAUCACUCAGUUUGGAAAGUUCAGUACCCUGAAAAUGAAAAUUUGAAUGCUAUAGAUGGUGGGAACUCUCUUGUCUCUCUGGAACUGGAUUCAAAGUCAAAGCCUGACAUUUUGGUACCUAACCCUAACCAGAUGGAUCUGAUGUUUGGAUAUAUUAAUCUCUUUCUUUGCAACUUCUUGCAGAAUGAUCAUGUUGAGGCUCGCUAUGCUAUUGACCAGGCAUUGAGGGCUUCUAUUCCCAUGGGUUUCAAUGAUUGUGUAAAGGAGCAUGCCUUGUUUUUGCUCAAUGAUAAGUCCCAAAAGGAGGAUGUUUCUAUUAGUUGGCAACUCAAGACUUUGAAUAUGUAUUUGGAUGCUGCCCGGUCUUUCUCAGUCUCUGAGCCACUAUCUAGACAUUUUAUCAGCAAGAUUGAAAAGUCAAGAGUCCAGCAACUUGUUAGAAACAUUCUAAGUCCAGUCUCAUCUGAUUCUUCUCUUGUGAACUUGGUCCUUGAAGUGUGGUAUGGCCCGUCUCUUUUACCCCAAAAUUUAACUGAACCAAAGGAUCUAGUUGAUUUUGUGGAAGCUAUCUUGGUAAUAGCACCAUCCAACUAUGAGUUAGUGUUUUCUGUUUGUAAGAUGUUAAGCAGAGGUGACAGCUUUAGGGACGUUUCUCCUAGUCUUAUGUUUUGGGCUAGCUCAACCUUGGUCGAUGCAUUCUUUCAUGCUAUCCCAAUUCCGCCAGAGUUUGUAUGGGUAAAGGCUGCACAUAUAUUGGACACUAUUCCGGGCAUUGAGGCCAUACAUAAGAGGUUUUAUAAAAAGGGUUUAGCAGUAUAUCCAUUCUCCCUCAAGUUGUGGCAAUCUUACCACAAUCUAAAUAAGACCAAAGGAGACGGGAACAUUGUCCUGGAAGCAGCAAGAGAAAGGGGUAUUGAACUUGACUGAAGUUUUUUCCUUCAAAGAGGUUAUAAUAUUAGGUUGGUAGAGUCGACAUUUGGCGAGGAAAAAUAUUGGCCAGUUUUACUUGAGACCAUAUCAAAUUCGGCAAGGUAAAUAUUGAGCCAUUUCUUCUGUAAAACAGUUAGGAGAGAUUGAUGUGAAACUAUGAAACAUAGAAACAUACGAACUAUAGGAUCAAAAUCAAAUAGAUUUUGUCUUUGAUGAAUCUUGAAUAGGUGAAGGUUUCUUAGAUGUAAGCCUAUUGUUGUGCUCCCUUUUAUGUUGUUUAUUUUUCUUAAUCAAGUGUAAUUACCCAUGUUUUGAACUAAUUUGCAUAGUUGAGUGAAAUUUUUGUUCGUCUCUUUUGCCCACUUCACUUGCUUUUCUUCCUCUUCUGUUUCUUUCUUUUCUAUGUUUUCUCGACUGUGUGUUGAUGUUGAUUACACGUAAUGCUUGACGACGUCGAGCAGUGAAGAAAGAUGAAAGCACCAGCCAGAUAGUUAUGGAGGAGGUUUGGACAUGUUUCUGCAGGUCGGAGAUAGUUUUAAUGGAACGGUGAAUGCUUCAUUUCGGAAUUUGGAGAACCCAAACCAUUUAUGUUUACUUUCUGUGUUCUACUUUCCAAGAGUCCUUGAAAAAAAAAAAAAAAAAAGAAACGAUGUCAAGCGGAAGUGGUACUUGAAUUUGAUCAUCCCAAUUUGAAUAUCAAAUUCAGAAAGUCCCAACUCGAUUUGAAUAUCAAAAUAUUAGAGGAAAGAAUUAAAAGAAAGAAACAGAAUUAGGGGCAAAUAAGAAAUUUCAAGUCAUUAACUAGGUUUGGCUAUGGUGAACUCCCUCAUUUUUCUUCAGUGAAGGCAAAAAAGCCUCCUUUUGCAAGGCCUAAACCUCCCCCCAAAACCCUUAAUCCCUUUCAUUUCUCUUCGAAUUUUCCGGGGUUAAGGGUUUUCAAAACCUGAAAUUAACAAAAAUGAAAGACCUAAGCCUGUAUUCCGAGAUUACUUCGAAUCUUCAGUUACAAUCAGAAGGUGAAGUAUUACAGCUCUCUGCAUAUGAUAUCCAGAGAAAUCGCUUCUUCUUUGCUUCUUCGGAUAAUUUCAUUGACACCAUCUUUUUUCUUACCAAGGUACUAACCUUAAGCUUGGAACUCGGCGCCAAUAGAAA